GUGGUGCUCAGCGAAUUUGAGACAGACCUAAAGAUUCCAGCACUGUUGAGACUCCUCAGUUGCUUCAAGACCGCGAGACAAGUCGCUACGUUUCCCACUUAGAAUGCGCGCGCUUAAUCCAUGACUCAUUCUCAACUCUUAUUACUCAUUCCUUCUUUCUGAGAUUCUCCUAUUGUUGUUCUUUUGUGUUUCUUCUUCUUCUUUUUUUGUUGUUUAUGCUAAAGUGUAAAUCUCUCCUUUGCAUGUGAAAUAAGUGUUAAAGAAGAUACAGCCAGAGAAUUAGAAAAUAUCAUCAACAAAUCAUCUCUGAUGAAAUAUUGCAGUGAAAAGUGCAUUUAAAUACAAAAACCCAUUAUCGCAAUUUAGGUGAACUUUUUUUUUCUCAAACAAAAUUGGAACGAAGAAGAGUGCCAGGAAGUCAACAAUACCGCAUUAAGUGAUUGACCCCACAGUUAGGACAUUUUGGGUGUCACAUUGCACCCUCUCUGCAUGUGAUCAACAAGUUGGCAGAGAAAACAGGAUUUUCCAAUUAGGAAUUUUAUGCCAGUGACAAUGGAAGGAAGUCAAUAUAGUAACCGCAAGAGCGGUAUUCCGAAGCCUACAAAGUUCAAAAGCACUCUCUGCACAACACCAACGGAAAACGGAAAUGUCAGUUUCCUCUACGGAAGCAUCAACCACCUGCCAGGUGCCUUCAAUAAGAGCAAUUCAUCAUCACCAAGUCCAACUGAGGAGAUGAGUCGCUCCCGAUGGAAUUUGUCCAGCAAAAAUACCGACUAUUUGCAGAGAAUCGUUGAGUUGGAACGACAAAAUCAGAAGAUUUGUGAGGAAAAUAUCAAGUUCAAGGCACAAAUUGCCAGUCUCGGAAGUCAAUUGGGUGAGACAAAGGGCCUUCUUGAGAAAGAAUUGAUGACAAGAAAAACCAGUGAAGCUGUUCAAAAUGAACAAAAACAAAUCAUUAAGACAUUGAAAGCAAAUGUCGCAAAAAGAGACACCGAAUUUCAACAAUUAAUUGAGAAAAACGGAAAAAUCCGCAAAAAACUAGCAGAACUCCUGCCUGAGGAAAAUCUCUUCGAAGACACCGAUCAUCCCUCCAUCAGUGAAAUCUCAGAAAGUUCACCAGAACCCUCAAUUGCCGACUGCAUGGAGAAGAUGGUAGAUGAAAUUGGCAAACUUAAAGCCUACAUUGGAAAAUUGGAACUCCAAUUGUACGAGACUGAUGAGAAAAUUUCAGAUUUAAUGGAAAAUAAAUUGGAACUUGAGAAGGAAAAUGCGACUCUAAAAGUGGAAAAUGCAAACAUGACAACACUAGCGAAGCUCGUUACAGAAAACAUGCAAGAAAGCAUCGACACAAGCAAAAAAAUGGAGUAUACAAUCCGCCAAAUGAGAGCUGAGAAAGACAAAUUGCUCAAGACAACACAAAGAGAUAUGCCUGAUAUGGUUUACCCUCCGCCCAGAAAAUCCCACCCACAGAAUAAUAUUUCUCAAAUCCGCCCAGAGCCUGAACGACCACUUCCUGUGCCACCGAAGAGGAUUACAGAAAUGCAUGAAAGCAAGGUAGCUGGGGAAGGUGAUGGAGAAGAUGUUAAAGAAUGUGAUAGAGCACAGGAGGUGCCCGAAGAUGUUAUUGAAAAAAUUCGUAUGCUUGAGAUUAAACUCGAGAUUGGCGAGAGGGAGCUCAGUCUGGCAUUGAGUCGGGCUGAGCAAGCUGAGACGGCUCUGGAGGAGCUGAAGAAGAAGGAAUCCUAUUCCGCACCACCCCCACCCCCACCCCCACUCCCACCUCCUCCACUAACCAUGACUAAUACACCAAGAGUGAAUACUGUGGUGAAAAUAAAGUCCCGCCGUGACGGCGAUAUUGAAAGAAAUGACUCAGAAAGGGUGGCCAAGGCACCAGCAUCCAAUCCGGGAGCAUCAACAGGUAUGGAUGCUCUAAUCACAGAAUUGCAAAAUGGCACAGUGACGCUGAGGAAGCGACGAAGACCUGAGGACUUCAAGAAUCCAUCCCUUAAGGAACUCUUUGAGACUCUGGAGCAGAGUCAAAAGCAGAAUCGUAGCUCUAAAACAUUACUGAUAGGAUACAAUUUUGUCACGCGGACAACAAGUGAAAAAUUCUAAAAAACAAAUCUAUUAUCAGAUUAAUUAUUUAAUUCAUUUUAUUGCCGUUUUUUUUUUUGAAUCGAUAUAAUGUCUCAUGGUUAAUUUUAGUUUUUAUUUUGAUAACUCUCUCUUACAUUAAAAAAACACAUCAUCUUUGGCUUUCAAUCCAUAUUUGUAAUUUAUGCUAAGUUUUUUUUUUUAAAGAAAUAUAUAAGGAAUAUUUUCUUAAUGAGCCUUUUUAAUUAAGGAAAUUUGAUUUUUGCUUGUUCAAAAAAGUAAUUUUCUGCUGAAAAAUUAUUUUUUUUUAAAUACUUUUUCCGAAAAAUAAAACUCUUUUUUAAAAAAUAAAA